AUGGCCAAACCACGGAAGUCCUUGAAACAGGAGCGCCCCGGCGCGAAAAAGGUGGCCCCCGGGCUGAAGAUGAAGCCCAAGUACAAGCUGCCGCAGAGCAAGGCGCAGACGCUCAAGUCCGGCAACCACAGCAUGAACCCGGAUCGGCCGCGCGAGGGCGCCCACCAGCGAUCCAGGGCCACCAUCAACCGCCUGCGCAUGUACAAGAAUUUCAAGCCGUUCAGAAACAAGCACGGCAACAUCGUCCAGGCGGCCCCGUUCCAAGACUGGAAAGCCUCCGGCUCCGUCGCCAGGGUCGAGCCCCACCGGAAAUGGUUUGGUAACACCCGCGUCAUCGGGCAGGAGCAGCUGCAAAAGUUCCAGGAGAACCUCGGCAAAGUGGUGCUCCGGCAAACGAAGCUGCCGAUCACGCUGCUGCAGGAGAAGGCGAAACAGCAGCGCGUGCACGUCGUCGACACCGAGAGCUUCGAGCACACGUUCGGAAAGAAGGCGCUGCGCAAGAAGGCCAAGCUUGCGGUUGAUACUGUUGAGGCCCUCGCCCAGAACGUCGAAGAGCGCCAGGCCGGCUACAAGCACGAGGCCGAUCGGGAUCUCUACGACCGGAACGCCGACAUCGAGCGGUUCGAGAACAAGAACCCGCUGUUCAAGGCCGGCCAGAGUAAUCGAGUCUGGGGAGAGUUGUACAAGGUGCUCGACUCGUCGGACGUGGUCAUCCAGGUGGUCGACGCAAGGGACCCGAUGGGCACCCGGUGCAAGCACGUCGAAGAGUUCCUGCGCAAGGAGAAGCCGCACAAGCACCUCUGCACCGUCCUCAACAAGGUCGACCUCGUCCCCACGUGGUGCACGCGCAAAUGGAUCGCCGAAUUCUCGAAGGACAUGCCGACGAUCGCCUUCCACGCCUCCAUCCACCACUCGUUCGGCAAGUCGGCCGUCAUCAACCUGCUGCGCCAGUUCGCCAAGCUGCACCCGGACAAGCCGCAGAUCUCUGUCGGCUUCAUCGGCUACCCCAACGUCGGCAAGUCGUCCAUCGUCAACACGUUGCGCAAGAAAAAGGUGUGCAAGACGGCCCCGAUUGCUGGAGAGACUAAGGUGUGGCAAUACGUGAUGCUGAUGCGCCGCAUCUACCUGAUCGACUGCCCGGGUGUCGUCUACCCGCAGGGCGACACCGAGACCGAGAUCAUCCUCAAGGGCGUCGUCCGCGUGGAGAACGUGAAGGACGUGGAGAACCACGUGCAGGGCGUGCUCGACAGGGUCAAGCCCGAACACCUGAAGCGCCACUAUCUGAUUGGCGACUGGGAGGAUGCCGAGGAUUUCAUGACCAAGAUCGCCUUCAAGACGGGUCGCCUGCUGAAGGGCGGCGAGCCGGACAUUGUGGCCGUGGCGAAGAUGGUGCUCAACGACUUCCAGCGAGGCCGACUACCCUACUUUGUCCCUCCACCCGGCUGCGAGCAGCAAGCGCUGGAGAAUGGCGAGGAGGCGCCGAUCAACGAGCUGUGCGAGGACGAGCCGCUGAACGAGACGGCCAGUGAGAAGGGCGACACAACGGAGGGCGAGGAGACGGAUGGAGGGAAUGAGAGCAACGACGAUGAGGAGACCGAGGGCACUGAGGCUACGAAUCCCGAAGACGAGGAGAUGACCGACGUGGGCUCGUGCGUUUCCGGCCUGUCCGACCUCUCUGGCGUCAGCGAUCUGGAGGAGGACCUCGAGGCCAUGCACGAGGAUGACACCGCAAAGGAUCCUGAAGAAGACGCGCCCGGCCCAUCAAAAGGACGUGGGGCGAAGAAGGUGCCUAAAGAACUGCGCCCGCGCGGAAGAAGAGCCGGAAAGAAGCUGACGGAGAAGCGGAAGCGGCUGCAAGGGGCAAAGACACUCUCUGAUGUCGGAGCACUGAAAGACGGCGUCGCCCUCAGCAAGGUCAAGUCGAAGGCGCCGAACAUGUGGCGCAAGAAGCUCGAGAAGCGCCACAAGCCCAAGCACCAAGUC